GUGGUCUCCACUCGCCCGCGCCGGGCUCUCGCCGCACGCAGCGUCCCGAGGCGCAGGGACCGGGGUGGGGGAGCCCCGGGCCGCUCCCCGAGGCUUGGAAUGGAGCUGGACAGGCCCUAGGCCUCCAAGGAUCUCAAGGUCUACUCAGCCUCAACCCACGUCGUCUUGGUGCAGGGACCAUGGCAUGCAACGAACUCAGGAGCUGUGGUGACGCUGCCUGGUGACUGGGCCAGGGACUUCAGCAAGGGGGGCGCGGGCGGGGACCGGGCUGUCCAUGCCCCGGUUCGGCCAGCGCCCCCUCCCCGUCCAGCCGGGCUGCCCGGCAGCCUUGUUGAGGCCACCAUGUGACCUGGCGCUGAGUCAUCGUGGGACCAAGCUCCCCUGCCUCCCCCCGGUCCAUGCUCCUGGGGCCGACCCAUGCAGCCAAGCAUGAGGCCCCGGCCGGAAGGUGGGGUGCUCCGGGCAGGAGCCGCCCUGUCACCCACACUGCUGCUGCUGCUGCUGCUGCCGCCACCCGCACCACUGCCGGGCCACCUGUGGGCCGCGGGCACACCUGCACCGUCGUCAUCUUCAUCACCCUCAUUGUCUCAAGACGGCAUUCUGGGCACAGGCCGGGUGAAGAGAGGCUGGGUGUGGAAUCAGUUCUUCGUGGUGGAGGAGUACACGGGCACUGAGCCCCUGUACGUGGGCAAGAUCCACUCGGAUUCCGAUGAGGGCGAUGGGACCAUCAAGUACACCAUCUCAGGUGAGGGCGCUGGGACCAUCUUCCUGAUCGAUGAACUGACAGGUGACAUCCAUGCCAUGGAGCGCCUAGACCGUGAGCAGAAAACCUUCUACACGCUGCGGGCCCAGGCCCGGGAUCGCGCCACCAAUCGCCUGCUGGAGCCUGAGUCGGAAUUCAUCAUCAAGGUGCAGGACAUCAACGACAGUGAGCCGCGCUUCCUGCACGGCCCCUACAUUGGCAGCGUGGCUGAGCUGUCGCCCACAGGCACGUCCGUGAUGCAGGUGAUGGCCUCGGAUGCGGAUGACCCCACGUAUGGCAGCAGCGCCCGACUGGUGUACAGUGUGCUGGACGGCGAGCAUCACUUCACCGUGGACCCCAAGACCGGCGUGAUCCGGACUGCUGUGCCUGACCUGGACCGUGAAAGUCAGGAGCGCUACGAAGUAGUGAUCCAGGCCACAGACAUGGCGGGCCAGCUGGGCGGCCUCUCCGGCUCCACCACCGUCACCAUCGUGGUCACCGAUGUCAAUGACAACCCGCCUCGUUUCCCACAGAAGAUGUACCAGUUCAGUAUCCAGGAGUCGGCACCUGUGGGCACCGCCGUGGGCCGAGUGAAGGCCGAGGACUCGGACGUGGGCGAGAACACUGACAUGACUUACCACCUGAAGCAAGAGAGCGGCAGUGGCGGAGACGCGUUCAAGGUCACCACGGACGGCGACACUCAGGAGGCCAUCAUCGUACUGCAGAAGCGCCUGGACUUCGAGUCCCAACAGGUGCACACGGUGGUGCUGGAGGCCCUAAACAAAUUCGUGGAUCCCCGCUUCGCCGACCUGGGCACGUUCCGCGACCAGGCGAUUGUGCGCGUGGCCGUGACCGACGUGGACGAGCCCCCCGAGUUCCGGCCGCCCUCCGGCCUCCUGGAGGUACAGGAGGACGCGCAGGUGGGCUCCCUGGUCGGCGUGGUGACGGCGCGGGACCCCGACGCCGCCAACCGGCCCGUCCGGUACGCCAUUGACCGCGACUCAGAUUUGGAGCAGAUCUUCGAUAUCGACGCAGACACAGGUGCCAUCGUGACUGGCAAGGGGCUGGACCGCGAGACGGCAGGCUGGCACAACAUCACAGUACUGGCCAUGGAAGCAGACAAUCAUGCUCAGCUAUCGCGGGCCUCCCUAAGGAUCCGAAUCCUGGAUGUGAAUGACAAUCCUCCAGAGCUGGCCACACCCAAUGAAGCAGCUAUAUGUGAAGAUGCCAAGCCUGGCCAGCUUAUCCAGACCAUCAGUGUUGUGGACAGAGAUGAACCCCAAGGAGGCCACCGCUUCUACUUCCGCCUGGUGCCCGAAGCACCUAGCAACCCUCAUUUCUCUCUGCUGGACAUCCAGGACAACACGGCUGCGGUGCACACACAGCACGUGGGCUUCAACCGGCAGGAGCAGGACGUGUUCCUUCUGCCCAUUCUGGUGGUGGACAGUGGACCGCCCACCCUGAGCAGCACGGGCACCCUCACCAUCCGGGUCUGCGGCUGCGACAGCUCCGGCGCCAUCCAGUCCUGCAAUACCACCGCCUUUGUCAUGGCCGCCUCCCUCAGCCCCGGUGCGCUCAUCGCUCUCCUGGUCUGUGUCCUCAUCCUGGUCGUGCUCGUCCUGCUGAUCCUGACCCUCCGACGCCAUCACAAGAGCCAGCUGAGCUCGGACGAGGACGAGGACAUGCGGGACAACGUCAUCAAGUACAACGACGAGGGCGGCGGCGAGCAGGACACGGAGGCCUACGACAUGUCGGCGCUGCGGAGUCUCUACGACUUCGGCGAGCUCAAGGGCGGCGGCGACACGGGCGGCGUUGGCGGCGGGGCUCCGGGCGGGGACGCGGGCAGCCCCCCGCGCGGCCACCUGCCCUCCUCGGAGCGCCACUCGCUGCCGCAGGGGCCCCCCAGCCCCGAGCCGGACUUCUCCAUGUUCAGGGACUUCAUCGGCCGCAAGGUGGCGCUGGCGGACGGGGACCUGUCGGUGCCGCCCUACGACGCCUUCCAGACGUACGCCUUCGAGGGCGCCGCCUCGCCCGCCGCCUCGCUCAGCUCGCUGCACAGCGCCUCGUCGGGCUCCGAGCAGGACUUCGCUUAUCUCAGCAGCUGGGGACCUCGCUUCCGACCCCUGGCCGCGCUCUACGCCGGCCACCGCGGCGACGACGAGCCGCCCGCCUCCUAG